CAGUGCCCCGUGAGAGGACUAGCUAUGUCUGAGGGACGGUCCUGCCCCAGCAACGAGACCCCUACCCUUGGCUGCAAUUUGAAGACGUUGUACUGGGCCUGUGUUCACAAUGACCCCGCUGAACUCCAAGCCAGGCUGGACAUCGGGAUCUCCCCAGAGGAGGCCUCCGAGGCGAACAGCAAUGGGAGGACAGGCCUCCUGGUUGCAUGCUACCACGGCUUCAGUACCAUUGUGGCUCUGCUCAGCCGCUGCCCUUUCCUGGAUGUGAACCAACAGGACAAAGACGGGAACACAGCCCUCAUGCUGGCUGCACAAGCAGGUCACGUGCAGGUGCUGACUCUCCUGCUCCAUUACUUUGCUGGGCUGGACCUGGAGCGCAGGGACCAGCGGGGCCUCACGGCUCUGAUGAAGGCUGCCAUUCGGGACCGGUGUGCCGACCUGAGCUCAGUGGAUCCUGUUCGGGGCAAGACAGCCUUGGAGUGGGCCGUUCUGACUGACAGCUUUGACACUGUGCGGAAGAUCCGGCAGCUGCUGAAGAGACCCCUGGUAGAGCAGCUCAGCCUGCAGUACCAGCCGGAGUGGCCAGCCUUGGCCCAGCUUGUGGCCCAGGCCCAGACCCAGGCUGCCCCACCCCUCCUGAAAAGGCUACAAGCUAGCCUGAGCCUCUCUUUUGCUCAGUCUCCACAGGAAGGGGGUGUCCUGGACCACUUUGUGACUGUCACCACCAGCUUGGCCAGUCCCUUUCUCACCACUGCCUGCCACACACUGUGCCCUGAUCACCCACCCAUGCUGGGCACUCAAGGCAAGUCAGUGCCGGAGCUGUUGGGUACUACCCCUCCCCCUCCCCCAGCACCCUGUCUCCCACAAGCAGUCCCUAUUCCCCAGGUCUUAGCCCCCUACCACAGCCCUCAGAGCAUGCUCUCCCAGUGGCUACAGUCCAGGAACAGUACCACUAGGAGGUCCCAAGUCCCCAAGAUCCUCCUGUCUAAAGCGCCCUCCCCCCCUACCCAGUACAACUUGAUACUCAGGCCUGCAGGGCAGCGAAGCCUGGCUCUUCCUGUCUGGAGAUACCAGGAGAGGAAGAAGGAGCAACAAGCCAAGAACCGUGGGGAGCUGUCUGCCUGCAGGAUCAGGUUGUCCACAGCUACCGUGGCUGCCGUGGUUACCGUGGCUGCCGUAGUUACCGUGGCUGCCGUGGUUACCGUGGCUGCCGUGGUUACCGUGCUGCAGACGCUCCUGGAUUGA